AUGGCUUUGACAGUCAAGCUCAGCACACCAGUUACUGGGCCCUACGAUCAGCCCAUUGGCUUGUUCAUCGACGGCAAGUGGGUCGAAGGCGUUGACCGGAGAAAGUUCAAAGUCAUCAACCCUUCCACAGAGGAGGUCAUCACCUCCGUUUGCGAGGGCACCGAAAAGGAUAUCGAUUUGGCCGUUGCAGCCGCCCGAAGGGCCUUCGAUACCACCUGGAAGGAGACCUCUCCCGAGCAGCGAGGUCGACUUCUCUCCCGUCUUGCUGAUUUAGUGGAGAAGAACAGAGACCUUCUGGCGGCCGUUGAAUCUCUGGACAACGGGAAGUCGAUCAGUAAUGCCCGUGGUGAUGUCGAUGCUGUGGUUAGCACUAUCAGGUACUAUGCAGGCUGGGCGGAUAAGAUCGAGGGCAAGACCAUCGAUGUUGAUCCUAACAUGUUUCACUACACUCGGUCUGAGCCACUUGGCGUUUGCGGUCAGAUUAUCCCUUGGAACUUCCCUCUCCUUAUGCUCGCAUGGAAGAUCGGCCCCGCGCUUGCAACAGGGAACACCGUGGUCAUGAAGACUGCCGAGCAGACACCCCUUUCUGCUCUCGUCUUCACGCAGUUCAUCCAGCAAGUCGGUUUCCCCGCGGGAGUUUUCAACCUCGUCUCCGGCUUUGGCCCAAUUGCUGGCGCUGCGCUGUCUUCCCAUAAAGAUGUUGACAAAAUCGCCUUUACUGGGUCUACUCUUGUUGGAAGGCAGAUUAUGCAGGCCGCUGCUUUGUCCAACCUGAAGAAGGUUACCCUCGAGCUUGGCGGAAAGUCGCCCAACAUCGUGUUCAACGACGCAGAUAUCGAAGACACGAUUUCAUGGGUAAACUUCGGCAUCUAUUUCAACCACGGCCAAUGUUGCUGCGCAGGAUCCCGCAUUUAUGUACAGGAAGGCAUCUACGAUAAGUUUCUUGCUGCUUUUAAGAAGAGGGCUGCAGAGAACAAGGUUGGAGAUCCCUUUGAUGAGGAAACCUUCCAGGGGCCCCAGGUGAGCAAAGUUCAAUACGAUCGCAUCAUGGGCUACAUAGAGUCUGGGAAAAAGGAAGGAGCGACUCUCGAAACAGGUGGCGGACGACAUGGCAGCAAGGGCUACUUCAUCCAGCCAACGAUUUUCAGCAACGUUCGUCCGGAUAUGAAGAUUAUGAAGGAGGAAAUCUUUGGCCCCGUUUGCGCCAUCUCCAAGUUCAAGGAUGAGGAGGAAAUUCUGAAGCUGGCUCAUGACACGCCGUAUGGCCUCGCUGCCGCCGUACACACGAGAGACGUCAACACUGCCAUCCGUGUCAGCAACUCUCUCAAGGCUGGCACUGUUUGGAUCAACUGCUACAAUAUGCUGCAUCACGCGGUGCCAUUUGGUGGAUACAAGGAGUCUGGAAUGGGUCGGGAGCUCGGUGAGGCUGCCUUGGCGAAUUACACGCAGAAUAAGUCGGUGGCUCUGCGCUUGACGAAGUCCCGGUUGUAA